AUGCUUACGCAAGCGCAGGAUAGGCCCAACGGCGUAUCUUCAGGAGCAGGCAUUAACGCAUUCGAGGGUGCAGUCUUUGAGGACUCGGAGGGGAGCUUAUUCGCCACCACAGCUGGGAGCGUGUUUAUCUAUGACCACAACUACGCACACGGCUUUUCACCAGUACGCCUCAGAAAUCAACUGGCACGCGACUCGGGAGGUAUGCUGUGCAGGUACACGCACCCAGAGAACACUGUGCACAACCGUUCAGAUCCAGGUUCCUCCAGCAGCCUCGUGCAGCAGCAGCAACAGUACCAGAUGCAUACCCCACGCGGCCCCAUAACAGCGUUCAAGCAGGCGCACUUCCGAAAUCAUAAGGCUAGCAAGCAAUUGGUGUCUGAGGGUGACAUCUAUAUUGCUCACGCUCCCAAUCGCGCGUGCUGUUCUGAUGUUAAAGGAGGUGACCAGGUCGAGGGGGCGCUCGUGCAGACACAUAAACAAGCAAUAGAGGGAUGGUCGGGGACACCACUUCUUGAUAUAUCACCACAUUCGUCUUCCCUCACGCAUUCGCAGAUGCAGAUCCAACCGUAUUCCAAUCCGUAUCAGCAUCAGUUUUUGCAGCCUGCGCAGGACAUUGCAACAGAAAGCGGCCAUGCCCAAAGUGCACCUUCGAAUGUGCAGACAACGUCGCAUGUCCCCAACGGCCCCCAUGGUCAGAUCACGCCGUAUUAUGGCUCCUCUAAUGUUCAGAGCACCGCAUAUGUCCAAAACACUGCUCAUGGUCCGUGUAUACCCCACACCCAAAGCACCUCUCACCACACUCCCCUACAUGUGCAAAGCGCUUCCCACUCCCAAACCAACACCAACACCGACGCCAACACCGCCAACACCAACCCCAGCAGCCCCAACAACAACACUAAUACCAACAUCGCCAACACGAACCCCAGCACCGACGUUGCAAAUAUGCGGCCUCCAUCCCCUCCACCAACUCCAUCUUCAUCUCCGUCACCGUCGAUGUCGAUGUCGAUAUCCACGCCAAGGUCCAGGUCAGAACCUGCGAUGCUCCGAGAAUCGCUCAACAAGCAGUCUCUGAGCAAUAAACCCGAUCGCGUGCUCUUUUCGCUGCACCGCAACGACAAGACGGCUGAUCUGUACAAGAUUGUGCAAGUCGAGAUCCGAUACGACAAAGAUAAUAAUAACAUCCCGUACAGUAUUCUGUCCUUUCGCCUGCAGCGCGGAGACGAUUCGGAGAAGCAGUGCACAGCGGUGCGGUUGAGAGGGAAAUUCGUACACGAUACGUGGCACUACCCCAAGUUGCAAAUAAAGAACAUAUGCUGCUCACCGGAGGACGGCCCCGCCUCGCUCGCGGAGAUGGAGGUCCAAAAGACGUCGCAGACAACUGCAGAGGCCACACUUGGCCUCUCGGGACUCACGCCUUCGGUCAAGGGGCGCCUCAACCGCAUGUCAUCUCAACAGACGACGGUGCUCGCCGGCCAACACGCCCGCGGGGAGGUCGCAAACGAGGAGAGUGAAUUUGUUGUCAACCUCAGUGUCGACGCCGCGGCGGCGGCGGAGACUAAGGGUGCCGGGAUGAGUGUUGUGGACCCCCUGAUGUUUGCGCUCCUGCUGAGGCUGGGGGAGCAUCGACAGCCAAUGAAGCUUGAGCUCGAGCUCGAGGUAACAUAUCGCUCCAGGAGGGGUGCGUGGAAGACCCUGAACAAAACGCAUACGGAAGUAUACAUGGGACACGAACGGUUCGAUAUUCUCAAGGUCUGA